AUGUUUAAGAUCAUUAAAGGGAUGAAAAGGGGUUCGAAACCCGAAGUGAUUGAACCACCUCCAGGACCUAAUGCUCCAUCUGAUGUGACUGUAAACCAUGCUUCACGUUCGGCCAUACCCCCUGCUCAGCUGACCAACACCAAGUCACAGGCUAUCAGUCGAAACCCUGCACCUCAGACUGGUGUGAUCGAGAAAGUUAAAGAGAAAGAGAUCAAAAGGCAAAACCUACAAGAACUUGUUGAGUUAGUCCAGUCAGGUUCAAGUAAGAUGAAUGAGAUCAUGCAGGAGGAGAUGAUUAACAUGAUUUCAGUGAAUAUCUUUCGUGCUUUACCUCCUCAAGCAUUUGAGAACACCGGAGCCAUUGAUGGUGACCCUGAAGAAGAUGAUAUGUACUUAGAACCUUCAUGGCCUCACCUGCAACUUGUCUAUGAGUUGCUUUUAAGAUACGUGGUGUCACCCGAUACAGAUACUAAAGUAGCUAAACGAUUUAUCGAUCAUUCAUUUGUUUUAAACUUGCUUGAUAUGUUUGAUUCAGAAGAUCCAAGGGAAAGAGAGUAUUUAAAGACCAUACUCCAUCGUGUAUAUGGAAAAUUCAUGAUUCAUCGCCCUUUUAUAAGGAAGGCAAUAAAUAAUAUCUUUUAUAGGUUUAUAUUUGAAACAGAAAGGCAUCCUGGGCUUGGUGAAUUAUUGGAGAUUCUUGGAAGUAUAAUAAAUGGGUUUGCUGUUCCAAUGAAAGAAGAGCAUAAGUUGUUCCUUGUGAGGGCACUCAUUCCACUUCAUAAAGCCAAAUUUAUUAAUUACUAUCAUCAACAGUUAUCUUACUGUAUAAUUCAGUUUGUUGAAAAAGAUUAUAAAUUGGCUGAUAUUGUGAUUAGAGGGUUACUGAAAUACUGGCCUGUUACUAACUGUGGUAAAGAGAUUCUGUUUCUUGGUGAAUUAGAAGAAAUUCUUGAUGCAACACAACCUGCAGAGUUUCAACAAUGCAUGAUUCCUCUUUUUAGACAAAUUGGACGCUGCAUUAAUAGCCCUAAUUUUCAGGUUGCAGAACGGGUGCUUUUCUUGUGGAACAAUGAACAUAUAGUGGACUUGAUUGCACAGAAUCGAGACAUCAUUUUACCUAUCCUCUUUGAACCCUUAGAGAAGAACAUAAGAGGUCACUGGAACACUGCUAUCAAUGGAUUAACUGGAAAUGUAAGAAAAAUGUUCAUUGAAAUGGAUUCAGACCUUUUUGAAGAAUGCAGUAAUCAGUUCUUGGAAAAAGAAGCCAUGGCCAAUAAAAUGCUUGAGCAACGUGAGUUGACUUGGAAGAAACUUGAAGCAAUUGCAUCAGAAGGUGGAGGUGAUGAUAUGGUUAUGGUUAAUUAAAUUACGUUUUUUUUUCCGUUUUUACCCUUUCUCCCACCUGGAGCUCUUGCUACUUUCUAACAUCCAAAAGGGCAGAGGUAUGAGUCAUUUUCUCCUACAGCCUGACAGAGCACAACGGUUUGCUCUAUUUUUUUUUUCUUUCCAUGUUUGCCCUUUUAGAGUAAUUGCUAUUUUUUGUUGAAAUAGAGUUAUUGGGUUGAUAAUAAGUAAAGGUGGUCAUGAUGUUAACAUCAUCAUAGGGAUGUUUUCAAAUUCUAUAACUUUCUCUUAUUGUGGUCAAAUGAACCACAUGUCAUAUUUUUUUGUGAAUACAAAUUCCUAUCAAUGGUUAUACCGUUAAAUCUCAA